GGCCACCAUUUGUAAUACAUUCUUUCGCCAUUUGCAAUUGUUGUCAACUGAGUAAGAAGUAUGGACCUGGAGCUUAUCUACCGAAAUGUUGAGGGGGAAGAGUUGAUACAAACCUCUCAGAGUGAUGCGAACGACAGGCAACUCCAGGCGGCAGAGUUAAUGGUUAGCUUGUCUUCGAGCCUUCCCGGUGGUGGACAAUGCGUUUCCAUGGAAACACAGUCCGUUGCCAUGGAAUCCCAUACCGCGUUAUCGAGUGCCUCACAUCCAGACAGAACAUAUCCAGUCAUUGUUUCCUCGUACAGUGUGGGACCUGCUGGAGUGUUGGAAACCACGGUUGCUACGGAAACCAUUUCCAAUUGUAUUGAUGAAAGAGGGGAUCACAUAGCUGGUUACAGCGUUGCGGAAAAUUGCACCCGACACAGAGGAAAGUUUGCGGAAAACCACCUGGACCAUUUGUCAAAUAAUUCGGUCAUUAUUAUGCCGUCAGGAGUGGGUGGGGAAAUUUUCACAGUGAAGAACACCGAAGAUGAUGUAGAGCUUGGAGAGAUUGAGUAUAUUCAGGACGGGGACAUUAUCACCAUAUCAGAGGGUAAUACCAGCUCUUCCUUCACUGACAUUGUAUCAAAAUCACAAUAUGAAAACAUCUGCAACCAUACAACCACGCAUUGUUACCAAAUGACCAGUGAUGGUAACCAUGGUAAUUACAUCACAUCUGAAGGUAACCAAAUAACUAUUGAUUGUAACCAAGCAACAACUGAGAGUAACCAUGCAACAUAUGCUGGUUACCAAAUUAUCUCAGAUGGUAACCCAGCAACAGCUGAGAGUCACCUUACAACCAAUGUUGGUUACCAAGUAAACAUUGAUGGUAACCAAGCAACAAGUGAUUGUAACCAAGCAAACACGAACAGUAACUUGGCAGCCCUUGAAACUAGCAUGGUGACCACUAACUGGACACAUGGUGUGAUCAUUGACAAUGCUGGUCCAGAAAAUGUGUGUGAUGAAGGAAGUGGAUAUCUUGACGGUGAAACCCUGCAUGUGAGUCUGAAAGGUGGUACUGGUCAGUCCCUGACGCUGAUCAACAAGCGCAGGCUGGAGCAGAUGACCCAGGGAUCGGAAGUCUUGGUCGUGGAACCCAAGAAGCGCAGCCACCAGUGUUAAAUCUGUCAAGCCGAGUUCACGCAGAUCACAGAGCUGUAUCCGACACCGUGUUACCCACAAUGAGGCCGCAAGCUCCCAUGUUCAAAUGUAACACGUGCAAUUUGACCUUCAGAGAGCCGCUUGACCUUGAGA